UGCGUUAAAACCGCCCAACUAGGAAGAGGCUGUUGCUUAACGACAAUCGACGCUGUCAACAAAACUAUGCAGCGCGAAAAGUGCGUUAAUGUGAAAGAAGUAAUCGCGUCUCUGUGCAGGAUACUCUCUGGAUUAAGCGUAGAGUCGAUCCCGACUGCAGAUGCUUUCAGAAGAGCAAAAUUCAACAAACAGGAUGCGGCCAUGGACAUGUGGAGUUUGUUAAAUGGCCUCCUGCUGAAAGCCUUUGCACUGGAUUGUGCUUGCCAGAACGCUAAAGACCAACACUUUGAUACACAGCUCCUGUUUGUGAGGAGUGCACUCUGGUACUGUGGCUAUGGUGCCCCGUGGGUGGUGGCGCCCCGGCCGCCCGUUCACCUAGAAGAGGUGGGGAGCCAAGAACUCCUCCUGGCAUUUGGCUGGGUGCUGUCAUCAGGGAAGCUGCUGGAGUUUUUGCUGGCAGAGAAAGUUCAGGAGUUAGACACACUCUUGUCUACACCAAGGGUCCCCCAAGGUCUCAUACUUGGACAGGAAGAUAUAGUGGCACAUGGAGCAGAAGCUGAUUCCAAAGAGACUGUGAGGAAUGAUCAGGCGUUGCGGGCACUGCAAUGGCAAUAUGGGAAACUGAGGCUCCAAUGGAAGAGCUUACACUCAGCCCAGGAUGAGAGAUCCAGACUUAUCCACAGGGUUCUCUCCAAUAUCAACCCCUCUGCUAUCUGUCAGAAUAAUGUCACUGGUUCCCAUCAGAGUGACAUUACAUCGACUGCACUUGACAAGGAGCUGGAGCGGAUACUGGCACUGAACGAAAUUCUGGAGUCAUAUCUGGAUUGGAAACUUCACGAGCCUUUAUUCUGGUGCUGGAUGGACAGUGUGAUUGACAGCUCCCUCGCUGAUACGUGCGAGAUGAAGCGAGCCAAUUGCCCACUAGGGGAGCAGGCUGUCACUCUGAGGUGUCCCCACGGCGACAAGGCCAGGAGAGCAUUCCGACGGCUUGACAAGAUGUUGCUGAGGCUGCAGACAGAACUGAGGGUCAGAAGAAUAGAGCAGUCCACUCUCACACUCACUUCACAGGGCAGACAUCAAGAGGCUGCUCCGCUCUCUGACAGGCAGAAAAUGGAGGUGGACGAGAAGGUUGCUGGCUAUUUAGAAGGCCUUCAUCUCACAAACACAUCCACAAUCACAUCCAGAGGCUUUUUGCCAUGUCUCCAGGAUCCACAACCCUUGAGGCCAUCUCACAGAUACCAGACAGGGGACUCUGGCCUGCCUGUGACAGCUGGAAAGGUUCAGGCAUCAUGGGCUCUGGGAGAGUUGAAGGAAAGAGAAGCCGUACUACAAUUGCAACUGGAGCAACUUAGGCAAAAUAUUAGGGUGGAGCUGCAGAGACAGGCCAGCACAAUAGAUGGGGUGGUUCUCAUCCCACCAAUUAAGAAAUAAACACACAGUUUAAGUCAUUAUAUAUCCAAUAUACACCAGGACUGACUAGAUUUCAAGCCCCUGAACAAGUUUAACAUAAAUGGUAGCCCUUAAAAUGUUUGCUGAGUUUUGGUUUGUAGCUUUUUCUUUGGAAUUUAAACUUAGAUAAACUUUGAGAUGCUAUUGAUGUAUUUGAAUGAGAAUUCUUUGCUAUCUAUUUCUACGUAUUUAUA